CUUGACUAUCGGAUCUGUGAUACUUGAGACCUAAGGAAUCUGGAUCAGACAACGCAUUCUUUGUUAGAGCUCAAUGGCUCUCACUAUAGCUACAUGCUGAUAAGUCAGGAACACGCGGUCUAUCGACAGCUGUAACCUCAACCGGGACUUCAGCUGAGCAGCCACUCCUACACACUCGAUCCUUCGCCACUGGACUUCGAACGACCUCCGCGGCUCCGGCAACCCAGACGGAACUUGCGAAACGACUUUUUGAGAGAGUCAAUCUGAUCUGGAGCCAAGGCAGUGCCCUUUUGACACGGACAUAUUACAAGGGAUCAGAGACAUACGGCAUUUCAAUUGAGUGAUACAACAGGAACAAGACCAACUGGUACUUACGAAGUCGAAACGAGGCCUCGCAACGGCUUCAGCAGCCUUCAAGGACCUGGGGUAGGGAUACGCGGCUCCACACACUGGUAUGCCGAACUCCGCUGCACAUUCGUGUUACGGCGAACAUGGCCGGACCGCUCACAAAACGCAUGGAGAACGAUGAGAAAGCAAAUGAUAGACUGUUUAAAGGAGAGGAGCAUAACUUGAUCACUCAGGAGAUGAGUGACAUGACCAAGGCUGCUGCGACAUUGCCAUGUUCUCAAGCCAAAUCUUGA